AUGGUACUUGUAAGUGUGAAACCAAAGGACGUUGAAACCGAUAACGCUAUGCUUAGAUCAUUCCCCUUUUCUCUUGUGGAUAUGGACAAUGAGUGGUUUUACAAUCUCCCAGUAGGUAGCAUUACUACACGGACCAGUAUGAAGAAACAUUUUCUUGAGAAGUACUUUCCCGCAUCCAAGGUAGAAAAAAUCAGGAAAGAGAUACGCGGCAUUGUUCAAAGGACAGGUGAAACUUUGUAUGAGUAUUGGGAGCGUUACAAGAGAUUAUGUCAAAGUUGUCCGCAUAACCAAAUCACGGAGCAACUUAUCAUCCAAUAUUUCUAUGAAGGACUCUUAUUAAAUGAUAGGACAAUGAUUGAUGCUGCAAGUGGUGGAGCUUUAGUUGACAAGACACCCGCACAAGCAAGAGCUUUCCUUGAGAAUAUGGCAUCCAAUUCGCAGCAAUUCUCCACCCGAUCAGAAACUCUUUUCAAGAAGGUUAAUGAAGUCGGUGACGUUUCUCAUAUGGAACAGAGGAUGUGUAAUAUGGAUAGGAUGAUGCAACAAAUUUCUGCAGUGAUUGUUCCAUCGUAUGAAGGCAAUAUGGAGCAUGCAAAUGCUAUCUUCCAAAAUCAGCAAACGCCGAGUUACACCAACAAGCAAGCUGCAGCAUAUCCUACUUUCAACCAACAAGGUGGCUACCAAUUUAUGCAAAGACGACAUCAAGAAUCUCAAGGCACAAGUGUGGAUGAGAAAUUCACUCUUAUGAUGCAAGGGAUGCAAGAGAUUUCGAAGUCAAUGCAAGGUUUCAACCAAUUCCAGCAGAAAUACGAGAUGGAUAUGAGAGAUGUGCAAAACCAAGUUAGUCAAUUGGAUAAUGAUAUUAAUCUACUCAAGGCACAAGGAUCUGGAAAGAUUCCUUCGCAACCAUUGAACCAUAAGGAGAACGUCAAUGCUAUUGAGUUAAGAAGUGGGAAGCAAGUUAAGCAACCGGCAACAUCACGGAAACUCAUGGACUUGUUUGAAAAGUCCAAGAAGGAGACACUAUACAAAGAGAUUUAUGAGAUCUUCAAGAACACCCAAGUGAACAUACCACUCAUUGAAGCGAUAAGGCAAGUUCCUCGCUAUGCAAAGUUCUUAGAGGAAUUGUGCACUAAGAAGCACAAAUUGACCGGUAAUGAAGUAAUGAGUGUGGGGGAAAACGCUACGGCAUAUCUUCUAAAGAAACUCUCACCUAAAUUAAAAGAUCCCGGUAGUUUUACUGUACCUUGCACAAUUGGUAAGACAAGGUUUACAAAAUCUUUGCUAGAUUUAGGUGCAUCUAUUAAUGUCAUGUGA